ACCCACAAGCAGUGAAUCUCUAUAAACAGGCUCUGGGGGGGGGUACGCGCAAGUUUUGAAGUUGAUUGGCCUGCGUUUAUUCGCUCCCCUCAGCUCGUGCGGUCUGCCCUGCUGGGUUUUAAGCAAUUUUGGCAACAAUUCUCGGUUUCCUCUUGUAUAUUUUUUUUUCGUUUUUAACGUUUUUAUCGCCGCUCAAAUUUCUGCCAAAGACAUGACAGACUGGAAGGCACAGAUAAGUUACAACUACAACCCCUCUUAUCACGCAUAUGCCUACGGCCUCGUGUACCAGCCUGGGCCCGAGCAAAACCACGGGAACUUGAGCUGUUGGGCCGAGGCCGGAGUCACGGACCUGAGCAGCUACAACACCGGGGUAACGCAGGCCUACUACGCCACCACUGCCAGAACCCUGGAAGAGUCUCCACCUGGCAGCCCGGAGCAGCAUGUCGUGAACGGUCAUCACCACUACCAGGGUUCCGGCGUUGUCUACAUUGGUGACACCCAGGCAGGUCGUUUGCUCCUGGCCAGACAACACCGGGCUGCUUACGAUGCACGGGAAAAUGAGGCCCGACGGGCCGGGAGCGAUUCAACCAGUGAUUCCGAGGCGCAUACCUCACCAGUCUCAUGGACCUCUAGCAGUAGCAGCGGCAGAGAGGGAAGUUUGCCCCAGACGGACCCUGCUACGUGGACAAAGAAAGAUCUCGACAAUGAGACGAGGAGCAGGAGCCCUGAUCCCGACAAGGAUGUUUCCAGUCCUCUUGUGGAAGAGCCACAGACCUUUGUCGCAGGGAAUGAGAGCACCAACAACAUCACCUCUCUACAUGUACCUUUAACCACCCCUAAUAAGCCAAGCACUACUGCUGUAAGUAACACUAAAGGAAAGGUCCGGGCAGCUUUCUCAGAGAGCCAGAUGAAUGCUCUUGUCCAGCGUUUCAGUGUUCAGAGGUACCUCACCCCAGCCGAAAUGAAGAACCUUGCUGAACUGACAGGACUGACCUACAAACAGGUGAAGACUUGGUUUCAGAACCGAAGGAUGAAGCUAAGGAGGCACCAGAAGGAUACCAGCUGGGUGUCUGAGCGCUAUACUAUCAACAAGGACAGCCCAGUUCAUGGAACCAUAUACCCCAACAUUCCCUCACACAUCCCAUCUUAUAAGGGAGAGGCCCAGCCACAGCUCAAGGAGCAUUACAACCAGCACAUGAUGGAGGCAGCUUUUAAGAAGACUGCACCACAGAACCUGGCCUUCUACCUAGCCACCAUGGGCAGCACUGCUGGAUCUGCCGGUUACCCCUCCUGGUCCUCCACCUCAUCCCAGACUGCAGUGCCCACCAGGCCUCAGGCAACCAGCUGGUCCAUGCCCGCAGGCGUCAGCCAUUAUGAAUACAACCCCAAUGCGUUCAACCCAUCCACUGCAAAUAACGCCGGUCACGACAUGAGCUUUGAAAACAAAGACGAGGAGCCCGUCAACAGCCGAAGCUCCUUAAACACGGCCAUUGCACAUAACGGCGGCCAGUAGUUGAUGUUUGAGCUGAUGAGCAUAAAAACUUCUGUAAAUGUUACCAAACAGCCAUGUUUACGUUCCUCUCAAGCUUCCUGACUGUAGUUUGUAAUUAGCUGAGGUCAUUUUUGACAGGCUGGGUGUACAUAUACCUUGUUCAUACUCCUGUUCGAAAGUAUUUUACUUUUUUAUCUUGAAGUUUUAUUUUUAUAUGCAACUAUUUAAUGUAUGUUGGUAUGUUCUUUGCGCUUGGUGAUACUAGAUUACUCCGUGUUGGAUUCAUUCUUUGUAUUACGUUUUUCUCUUUUUUGGAAAUGUUUAAGGCAAAGUACUGAUACAGAUCUGAUGUGCACACGUUUCAACAAAUGUUUUUUUUUUUUUCUAUAAAUACUUGUUCAAACCAGCAACUUGAAAGACUGUCUUCAUUUCACUUUGUUUUGCUGUGAGCAUGAUGAUAUGGUAACCUUGUUGACAUACAUUUUACAUAAUAUUUCACUCUUUUUUUGUGAUUGAAUAAAUGGGA